AUGGCCAACGUCCAGGUGCCUGUCGGUAUGUCCUACUGUACUUUGGGUUGAGUGAAACUCUGUUUAACUAUAAAGGAAGUUAAACAGCAUGUGUUUCCAGUGGACAGAUAGUUGGAAGAACGCAAUUUAAUGAAUUAAUUUAUAAAUUAAUUAAACCAUGCUGUGAGGGACGGAGGAAUGAAUGAAUGAAUGAACAAAUAAAUGUAUUAAAGAAUUAACAAAUACUUUGUCUACCCCCCCCCCCCCCCCCCCCCCACACUCCUCCAGUGGCCAUCGGUGCGUUUGGGGACAGUCCUGUCCAGAUGACAUGUCCUAACUGUCACCAGACCGUGGUCACUAAGGUUGACUUCUCCUCUGGUGUCCUCACAUACCUCUUCUGUGGAGGACUCUUCUUCUGUGGGUACGUACAAGUGUGUGUGUGUGUGUGUCUGUGGUGAAUGCCAUUCUGACUGUCUGUGGUGAAUGCCAUUCUGACUGUCUGUGGUGAAUGCCAUUCUGACUGUCUGUGGGUUAAGGCCAGGCACCACAGGCUGAAAUGACUUGCGUCUACUUAUCAAGCUGGAGAUUUGUUGGUAUUUUGGUCCAUUAAUAUUAGUAUUUUCAAAAAAAUAAACAUACAAAUGUCAAACUCGAUGUAAAUCCAUAUAUUUUUUUUAGUUGAUCAAAUAGGCGUUUGGUGUCUAAAUAGACUUUGGUAGUGUAAUUUCAGUGUACUUGUCUUUAACUGCCAUUUCCUGAAAGUGAGACUCUUCCCACACGCCAACACAUUUCUCUCAGCUUCAGAAGCAUCUGCAUUCACCAAAUUGUGUGAGGUUAUGCUUAGAUAUAUUCUCCAGACUUGCCCAGAGGGAAUUGUUGAUAUGUUGUUUACUCUAGAUACAAUUUUCUUUGGAAAAAUGCACCAAAAAUGCAUUUUACAUACAUCUUAAGUAUUUUACAGAUAGAAAGAUGGAAAAAGUAUUUAUCCACAAUCUGCUCUGGACAAGUCCAGUUCUGGAGUGUCUUAACAAAAUGAAACCAAAAUAUUUAUGCUGACUUAAUCCAGUGUCCAGGAUUAAAUGCAUUUGCUCAAUAUGCACAUACUGUAUUUAAUGAGAUAUCGCUUCAUUUACAUAUUUGAAUACAAUAUUUUUGAAACAUUUUUACAAUUCAAAAGGAAAUCGCACAUCUGAGCUAUCUUUGUUGCAGGUGCCAUGGUAACAGUUGAAUAAUAUGAGAAAAAAUAAGAAACCCUCACACUGCUCUUGAUAGUAUCACUGCUCUUGAUAGUAUCACUGCUCUUUAUUAAGCUUUACGUAUCGGCCUCAAGGCCUCCGUUAGGAAACAUUUUUUUUAUACAGAAAGUAUUAUAUUUGUGUCUACAUUUAACUGGUAAAAGUUAAUUGUGAUGUGAUUAAGAGAGAAAAAAAUCCCUUUUAGGUCUUAAGAUGCAUCUCCAUACAAUGUUUAACAGUUGUUGUUUCUCCUUCUCCUCAGGUUUUUUCUGGGUUGCUGUCUCAUCCCUUUCUGUUUCGACCGGCUCAAAGACGCCAAGCACACGUGUCCCUCCUGCAAGACCAUCCUGGGGGUUUAUAAGCGCUUAUAA